AAUUAAUUGUAUAUUGUUCCAUAAACAGAUUCUACUAUUUCUGACUCCUGCCUAGUAGCUUACAGUGAACAAGACGGGGGAGCCAUGCAUCGAGGAUCUGAGGAGCGAGAGAUCCCUGUACUGGAUCAGGAGUGGGACAUGGAGUCCCAGCAAUGGACACCUUUCCAGCCCUCUGCUAAUCCUCAGCAAACUUCUGCUAAAGAGACAAAGCCAAACUCUGCAGAGAUUUCGCUUUGGACUGUUCUAGCUGCAAUUCAAGCAGUGGAAAAGAAGGUUGAUUCUCAUGCCACGCGGUUACUGAACCUGGAGCGUAGAACAGUGACAACAGAAAAGAAAUACUUUGACUGCGAGAAAACGGUAGUGGAUUUUGGGAACCAAAUGGAGAGUAAAUGGGCUGCGCUGGGAACUCUGAUCCAGGAGUACGGGCUGCUGCAGAGGAGGCUGGAGAACGUGGAGAACCUGCUGAAGAACAGGAACUUCUGGAUCCUGAGGCUCCCCCCAGGCACAAAGGGGGAAAUCCCCAAGGUCCCGGUGGCAUUUGAAAAUGACUCAGUUUACUUCUCUGAGCAAGAAUGGCAGAACUUAGAUGAGUGGCAGAAAGAGCUUUACAAGAACGUGAUGAAGGGGAACUAUGAGUCUCUGAUCUCGCUGGACUAUGCACUCUCCAAACCUGACCUUCUGGCGCGGAUUGAACGAGGGGAAGCGCCCUGCGAGGGGGAGGAGGGAGACGUAGAGGAGAGAGAAAUCCCUGCAGAGCCCAGCACAGACUCACUGGUGUAUACACCUGAGGCGACCUGCCAGAGUGAAGGCGAGGAAGAGCCGUGCAUCAAGGGACAGGAGAACUCGGAGGAAAGAGAGAUCCCGGCCGAACCCCCAGUUGAGUGCGCGUUUUCCCAGCCAAGCUGUGUGUCCCGAGUAAAGCGAGAGGAGGAGCUGUGUGUCGAGGAGCAGGGGCCCUUUGAGGAAGUGGAAAUAUUCUCAGAGCCCAGCACUGAUUAUGCAAUUUCUCAACCUGACAUUUUAUCCUGGAUUGUACAAGAGGAGAAGCCAAGUGUCAGGAAUCCAGGAGCCUUGGAGGAGCGAGAAAUGCCUACGGACCCUGGCCCAGCAGAUUAUGGGAUCCUGAUCAAAACUGAGCAAGAGGAAUGCCCUGCCAUCCUGGAAGCACUUGGGAUGUUAACAGGAAUGUCCCAGGAGGACGUUGGGCAGGGUCCUGAGGAGGGUUGGUCCAGUGCAGUAUCGCAACUGAAGAACCACCCAGGAAGGAGGGGACCAGCUCAGCAUGAAAGAGGUUUCAGCAACAAGCCAGUCGCCAUUCACCAGAGAAAGUCUGCCAAAGACAGGCCUAAUAAGUGUGCCGAGUGCGGGAAAGGCUUUAGGCUAAAGAAAAGCCUUAUCAUUCACCAGAGGAGUCACACGAGAGCAGGACCCUAUGACUAUCCGAAAUGUGCAAAGGGCCUCAGUCACAAGCAGCAAUACCUGCUGCACCAGAGAGUCCAUGCAGGAGAGGGAGGCGGCAGCUUUCCAGACCAUCAGCAAAGCAUGGCACAGAUGCUCAGUCUCCAGUCUGACCCAGCAAGAGGCAGAUGCUGUCCAAGCACGGCGUGCGAUAGCAGCUUCAGUCUGAACUCCAGCCUAAGCAAUCCUCAUCUCCUGCAGGCAGGAGAGCGGCUGUAUGUGUGCACAGAGUGCAGGAAAAGCUUUCGGCUGCACAUCAACCUCCUCAUACACCAGAGAACCCACGCAGAGAAAGGCCAAGGGCCCCUUAUCUGUCCAUACUGUGAGAAAUGCUUCAGCCGCUCUUCCCACCUCAUCCGACACCAGAUGAGCCACACGGGGGAGAGACCCUAUAAAUGCCCAGCAUGUGAGAAGAGCUUCACAGAUAAAUCCAAGCUCACCAACCACUACAGGAUCCACACUGGGGAGCGGCCCUACCACUGCAAUGAGUGCGGCAAGAGUUUCAGCCGCACGCACCAUCUCCUGAAGCACCAGCAGAUCCACACGGGUGAGAAGCCGUAUCACUGCACCCAGUGCCCAAAACGCUUCUCGCAGAAGCACCAUCUCCUGGGGCAUCAGCGUGUUCACACUGGGGAGCGCCCCUACCAGUGCACGGAGUGUGUCAAAAACUUCACACGGAAGCAGCACCUCCGCGAGCAUUGGCGGGUCCACUUGAGAGAGCCCCCGAGUGCUCUGAAUACUUUAGACACCAGUGGACUCUGAAAUGUCACCUGGGAGAACAGGAUUAGCUGAGGGCCGGAGUAUAACCAGCAGGCUAGUCCAUGGAGAAUGUGUUGGCAGUGGCGGGAGACGUAUAGGCUGGUAUCUCUUUACAAUGAAAGCCUCAUGAACACAGAAAAAGGAACGAGUGAAGAAGAAAUGAAAGUCUGAUCCUGCAGGUACUGCGUUCAUCUUGCCUUCAGUGAGCUGUGUGCCAGGGCUAGCAGUAUUAACCUGCAGUGAAGUGUUUGUCAAUGUGCUGUAACGUUUAUAAAGCUUUCCUUUUGAAACACUUGAUAUCGUUAUGACAAAGGAAUUCCA